AGUUUAGUUUUAAAAAUCCCCCCCUCAUUGUCCCCCCUGUGAGCUUUUACGGUUUACGGUUUUCACUUCACUCAUUAUCAGUUUCUCCUCUUAUUUGCGCUGCUUUUCUCUGUUUCCGUGCUGUAGUUCAUAGUUUCAUCAAGUGAAAGUGUGGAAAUAUUAUGGAUCCUUACUGAUGUGCUUCUUAGAGUUCUUCUUCCUAUGAGACAUUCCUGGGUGAUAGUGAUUCAGGGACGAGCGUAUGGUGAAUUGAAUGUUUCUUGUCUCCAAGAACCAGUAAUUAAGAGGGCCUGUCUACCAAGUCAAGUGGUUAAUUGAAAGGCUCAGCUGCUGCUGUCUCACCACGAGUCAUAUAAGUUCAUGUCAUCAUGAAGGUUCGAGUUGUCUAUGAUUUCCAAGGAGAACCCAACUCAUCAGAACUAUCAGUAACAAGUGGAGAAAUCCUAACGGUUACAAGACAAGAUGUCGGUGAAGGGUGGUGGGAGGGGACCAACCACCUUGGCCGAACUGGGCUGUUUCCAGCAGCGUAUGUUGAGGAAGUCAAAGUCAGCGUGCCUCCUGCAGUUCCUCCCCCACCUCUACCGAAAGACUGGGAAACCAAUUCAAAUAACGCUGAUAAUCUCUACUGCAAUACCCAGCAGACGUAUGAACCUGUAGAUUUCUGGGAUGAUGACUGGGACGAUGAUUCAGAGAGCGGAGCGCCACCAGCUUUGCCACCAAGUAACACAGGCAUCAGCAACUAUACACCAUCCAUCAGUGAUGCAAGUUCAAUAGCUGGUGAUGGCAAAGGCACCAUUAAUAAGAAAAGCAGCCGAUUUACCAACUUUCAUAAGGCUGGUGGAGAUAGUUACAUCAUGGGCACUCUGAAAGUGCCCGUACCAGAUUCAGAAAUCGUUCGAAUCAUAGAAAACUCAUAUGGCGAAGGCUACGGUAGUGUGAUCGUAUGGGAAACUAUUGACAAACCGUAUGCCGUUAUGGUGGCCUCUCCCAAAAAAGAUUCCAAGUUUAAAGGCUUGAAAAGUUUCAUUGCGUAUCAGCUAACCCCAACAUUCAACAAUAUUCAAGUCUCCAGACGGUAUAAACAUUUCGACUGGCUUCAUGAACGGCUGGAAGAAAAGUUCAGCCUUAUUCCAAUCCCUCCACUGCCAGAUAAGCAAAUUUCAGGGCGUUAUGAUGAGCAGUUUAUCGAGCGGAGAAAAAACCAGUUGCAGGCUUUUGUCUCAUGCGUUUGUCGGCAUCCAGUUUUGUCUCGGUGCAAAGUGUGGGAACACUUCAUCACAUGCACUGACGAGAAACUGUGGAAAGAUGGUAAACGAAAAGCAGAAAAAGAUAAACUUUUAGGCGCAAAUUAUUUCCUUGCAGUUAAGGCUCCUGAGAAGGCACUCAACCCAGGCACCCUGGAUCAGGACACGGAGAGCUGUUCGAGGUAUAUUCACAGCCUUGAUGGAGCGGCAAAGAAUCUUUUUGCCGUGGCUGGAGAUCAGUCUAAGAAGAAUGUUGCUAUGUAUAAGCGAGAGUUCCAAAAAGUAGGACAUGCUUUUUAUUCUCUCGGCCAAGUAUUGGGAACCGAGGAACGAACAGGGUACGAUAGAUCCAGCAUAACAGCUGCGAUCAAGAAAACUGGCGAUACUUACAACGACAUAGGGAAGCUGUUUGAAGAGCAAGCCAAGUUGGAUUGGGAGCCUCUAGGGGACACGUUACACAUACUCAAGGGUAUUACAGCAUCCUUUCCAGAAAUGUUGACGGUUCACAAGGGAGCAAUUCAAAAGAAGAAGGAGUGUGAAAAACUCUACUCCGAACAGAAAAUGGAUCAUGACCAGCUUGCAGAAGUAUCACGCCGAACAGAUACAGUAUCUUAUGCCCUUCUUGCAGAAAUUAAUUACUUUCAUGCGGAUCAGACUGCCCAGCUGAAUGAAAGCAUCAAGUCUUUUCUAACAGAACAGAUCACAUUCUAUCAAAAAGUUGUCGUAAAACUCCAGGAAGCUCUACACAAAUUUGAGGAAUAACCUCUGUCAUGUCUAAAUAAUUCGACCAAAAUGUCUUGUCUGUGAUAUUCUGUAUGCCUACUUGUAAGACUACCUUUUUUAGAUGUUGUUAAUCAUUGAACUUUUUUUUCUUUCUCUCUUUCGUCUGUAAAUAUAACAUUUAAUAGUGACUGCUGCUUAAGGUGGCAGUCCAUCGCUCUUGAAGACUCUAUGAAUUACAGCAAACUUAUAUUGAUAGUCAGCAAACAUAAACACACAUGAAAUUAUUAAAAUAAACCCAAAAUAUCGAUUUUACUCGCUAUUUUCUGAAAAAUAAGACCCCUUCUCUUUAGCGGCACAUUUUGACCAGAAAUAACCUAGUUUAGGCAAAUAAUAGAAGUAAAAAUUCUAUGUUCAAUCUCGCUAAUCCAAGUGCACUACUGUUUCCUCUCUGAUAAUUUUAGCUCCAAUUUUAAGCCUUUGCAAGAGGUUUGACAAUAGAUAAGUAAAUUGUGCCUCUAGAUGGUAUGGAACUAUUUGUCACUGAAAAUCAAUAGCGGAAUCAUUAUCGUAGUAAAUAUAAUGAUGAUGAUUGUGCACUGGAGAUGAAUAUUCAUUCAAAAGUCGCAAAUAUCCGCUGAUCAAGAUGAUCUUUGUAUUUUGGUCAGAUGGUUUUUAUUGUUUUGUACACUUCUAUGUUUUUUAAUUCUUCUGAGGCUUUUUAAAUCAUCGGAAUGGAAAAUUUCCAAUUUUAGGUACAAUUUAGUACCAUUGUAUGGUCAUUGGUUAGAUUAUUUUAUUUUAUCUGCACUGUGGGAUGACUGAUGUAAAGUCUUUUUUAGAAAAUGUUGUUUUAAAUAAUGCCCUAAUUAUUUCAGAGUUUUUACCGCCGUUUUUGUGGUUUAUUUUUUCUAAAGCUCAAUAUUUUAUAAAAAUACAAAAAGGAAGAAUACUUGACUUUCUUAAUCGUAAUGGAAAAAAUCAGAAUUGUCGCUAGUCCACAAAAAUCAAUGUGAUUUAAUUAUCCCUAUAAAAAAUUGUACUAACCAAUCAAUCAUCUAACUUUAUUUUUAUCAGCAUGCAUUUACCGAUGUAUUAUUCUAGUAUUUACUUUUACUCUGUUUCAAACAAGAUGCUGCGUCUUGGUCACUGGCUGUGGUCAAACUGGAGUUGAGGUUAUUAAAUACAUAACCUUUGCAUAUGAGUUUAAAGAAUUAUUCGCCCAAAACAAAGAGAAAGAAAGGAAGAAAUAUGAACAGGAUUUGUCUGUGAAGAUAGAAUCACAUUUUAAAGCACUUUAAGCUAAUUUUAUUUAAAGUUCCAAACUCAUAUGAAGUGACAGCUGCAAGGUUUGAGCAUAAAAAUAGUCCCAAAGCUCAAAUUAAAAUUUGCUUAAUUGAGAACUCAGAUUCGAACAAAGCACUUCCCCAUUGCAGUGCGACAGAAUCUCCACCAAUACUUCUUUUUUUGCAAGGAGUCUAUUAAACUUGAGAAAAGUUCUAAAGAUAUCGUCAUAUAUUAUGAAUAUUCGGUCAAAUUUUCAUCCCCCUUGAGCACUUUUUUCUCUGUUAAGUUCAAGUAAAAAGAAAUUCUGAAAUACUGAAAUUAAGAAGUGCCCUUUUCACACACAAGUCUUAGACGAAGUUACUUAUCAGAUUCUCUUUUUUUUACUGUGGACAAAUCUUGUUUUUAUUGCUGUGAAUUUUGCUCUUUUUUUCGUCCUUAAUUUUUGCUUAUAAUUCCUGAGACUCAUAGGAGUAAGCAAUCAUCUUUUUUAGUCAAAAAUUUACCCUCAUUUUUCAUUAAAUUGAUGCAAUUCAUCAUAUGCAAGGUAGUUUGCUCACAACCGGACUGAGAGACGGAUCAUCUUAAAACAAACAGCUUAUCUGAGACUAUAUGAAUAGUCCAGAUCUGAUCUGGACUUGUGUAUCGGAUCUAUUAAUGUACCUAUUUUACUUUCCAGGAUAAUCUUAUCUCAAUUUAUUUACAUGUCUCAGAGAUUGAAUCCUGUUUAUUUUUUGCAAUUUAUUUUUCAUUGAAACAUAAUUUUACCAAUGGCUGUCGUCAUUCUCUUGAAAAGUUGAGUAUUCUGUACACUGGCAUUUAUUUUUAUACACAAUAGCAGUAAUUUUUUAUCUAUUCAGUUAAGUGUUUUGCAACCCAUUUAAAGUGGUGUCGAAAAAGUAAUUUUUCUCUCGUCGAUAUUAAUCAUUACAACAACGACUAGAAAAAUUGCCAGCAUUUAUUAGGUAUAUUAUAAAUGAUUCUUUCAGUGCAAAUUGUUCUUCAUAUUUUUUGGUGUGUUUAAAGGGGUAAUGCGAUUCAUGAAACUUUUGAUGUUAGUUUGAUUUUUUAGCUUAUAAUUAUGGAGAAGCAUGUGUUCAGAGUCUCUCCAUGUUUGUAUUGCUUUACGGAGAAAAAGAUCACUUUUAUAUCACUGAAGAUUCAUACUGAAGCUUGAAGUUUAAAUAUCAAUGGCCAAAAAGCGAAACUAUGAAUCUCAACUGCCGUGUUUAAACAUUUCCGCUCCUAUUUUACUUUUUUGAUGAGAAACAAGUUAACUUUAUAGCAUGAAAUUUAUGAAGAAUCUUCACCUUUCAGAGAAGAAUAGCAAGAAAGUUUUCAAGAAAUUACAUCGACUGGUUUCUCAAAGGAAAAAUAAAGUAUGAUAGGAAGUCUGCGAUGUCACAAACGGAGAUACGUUGUUCCGCACUUUGGUCAUUUAUAUACGAUUUUACCACCUUAAAUUAUAGUGUAUGAUCCUUGCCAAAGGAGUUUCAUACUUUUGCUGAAAGUCUCAUCUGUGACUUUUUUUUCUUAAAAUCUUGCUUUUUGCUCCCUAAUUGUAUAGCUUGCUAUAAAAUCUUGAUAAGAUAAAUAGAAAACAGAAUUCUAGUAUUUAUUUCAUAGUAAAACCAUCUCAUCAAAUUAUUGAAACACAAAAAUUUUAAUUUAUUCUACUGGACUUGGUGCAAUUUGGAGAUGGCGUCUGGUAAGAUAAAUGAAACCAAGUAAAUUUCUGUAAUGUAAGAAGAUAAAGGUAUCAUUCUCUGUCUGUAUUCAAAUUUGCUUGUGAAAGUUUUUUUGAAGUCUUAAUCCUAUUAAUUUUAUAAAUUCGCAAUCUAAUCUGCAAUGAAUAAUGUCACUGUAUCUAUUUUAUUGCAGUUCUUUUUAAAAUGUAUGUCGAACUUCUCAAAUCAUAGAGAUAAGUUUUUUAUACGAUCACCCUUUUUAUUUUACUAUCUUGCCACCAUCAUUUUUACUUAAGCUUUUAUCUAAUUUUACAUAUUCAUUCUCGCUGGUUGAUGCCUAGAGUCUCUCAUCACCCAGAUCAGAGGGUGUAGAUUAGGUCGCUUGGAACCUUUGACGUCCCAACUUUCUUACCCUAAUUUAAGAUUUUUUUGAGUUUUCGAGAACUAACCUAAGUGCAAACCUAGGAAGGAUUGAAUCCAUUUUAUGGCAGGAAUUAUUCACCACAACUAGCAAAUAAGUUUUUGUCUCACUUUGCUCUAAGCGAUUUUAUUACCGGUGUAGAAGAAUGGAUUUCUAGACAUGGUAGGAGCUGCAGCAUCAGAUGGUUUGAUUUCUCAUCGAAAUACCAUAUAAAACUCUGUGUUAUCACAUUACAAAUUUCCAAGAGGAGUUCUUGAGAAAGAUUAUGGCAUUUAUAAUUUGAAUUACAGAACUCUCUUCUUAGAGAUAAGUUCAAAAUCAUUGUAAGUCAAAUUGGCUCUUCAGAAUUAAUUCGUGCAUCCAAUCAGUUAUGCAAGACUUAAGACUUAAGUACUUAAUUUUUAGAAAACUUCCAUCCCUGCUUUCAUUCACUCAUCAACUUAUCGACAAAAAUUAGCUGACAAAGAAAGCUUGAUAAUAAAGUUUAUCGGCAUUAGUCUAGCGCUUGGUUUGAUGUCAGUAGACUUUAGUUUCCUGCAGCCUGAUUGUUGAAAUUUUUUGUUUGUCGGGACGACAUAGAUGACACAGGUUAAAAGGCAGAGCGUGAUUGGUCGGCUAUGUCUUAUCGCUGUUUUUUCGUGUCUUUGUCUGGUGGAGUGGACAACAUACUGUCGGAAACUUAAGAGAUGCUGUUAUCUUGUUGUGAGUUCAACGCGACAUAGGCAUGACAAAGCAGCGAUAAAACAUAGCUGACCAAUCAUGCUCCGCCUUUUAACCUAUGUCAUCUGUGUCGUCCCGACAAACAAAAAAUUUCAACAUUCAGGCUGCUGGGGAGCAAGGAGUUUUAAUAGAUGGACACAGAAAAUGCAAAUUUCUCCAUUAUGAGUUGCUUUUUAAAUGUUCAAUGUGUCUACUUUUUACUCGGUAAAAUUUUUUCUGAGAAAACCUGUGUUGCGUUGCUGAAGUUUUAACCCUGUCUAGUAGUCUAUUUUAGUACAAAAAGUCACGAAAACUUAAGCUUGCCUUUUUCUCUCUUAUAUUUUAGUUUUUUAAACUAUUUUAUUAUGACUAUAUAAAUGUCUGCAUGAAUUUUAUCAUUUUCAUUUCAUUCCUCAAAAUUUUAUGUUUAGAUUUGUGAGGAAACUUUGAAACAAUCUUGCCAAUGUCUGGAAGCCUCAGUGUUCUGUUAAAGCUGAUUUCUAAUAACGGUGUGCCUUUUGUGUCAUUCCGAGCAUAGAAUUUUGCAUGGUGGCUAAGAGGAGUUAAGCUUCGUCACUUUAUCAAUGGUGUAGCCGUAUAGAAUUAAUGAAACUAAUCACUGAAAAUAUGUAAGAAUCAUAUCAUAAAAUAAAUGUAAAAUGUUAAAUUUUUCUGAUUGUAUUGGCCAGAAGAGUCAUGGCUUAAAUGUUAAAAACUUAUGCACCCAUCCUUUGCACAAACUAAAGGACUCAUCGUAGGAAUAGUUGAUUGUUGCCCUUCAUAGAAUGUCUGCCUGAUGAUAUUUGUAGUUAAUGGAUCAUUUCAGGACACAUCAUAGAUCAGAUCUUGAGAUUUUCAAGGAAUUUUAUGCAGAAAUAGCUGAGAACUAGAAGAAUCAGUGUCAGUUCGAGAGCCCCAGUUUGUGCAAUGUGCUUUCCUUUAGGUCUUAGACUUAGACUUAGAGUAAAUGUCAGACUUAACCCAUUCGACUAACACUUUUUAUCCUAAAUUUUUAUAACAUCCCAAAGGUUACUUGGUUAGCGUUAUGCAAACCUGUCUCAUUCACCUUGAGAGUUUUGAAAAAAGACCUGGGUCCAAAAAAUAACUAACCUACACCCAAGUUUUUCUAUUUCAUUGUGCACUAACACCUGUCACUACCUUUUUCCCCCUGAAAUUUAGCACUAUCCUCCGCUUUCAGGAUUCAACUAUCAGCAUCAGCAUGUCUAACAAAAAAAUGGAAGUCAUGAAACGUGAAUGACAUUGUAAGGGACCCCUGGAAUUUGCUCAUCAUUUAAAGAGAUCCAGCAACAGAAAAAUCUCAUUGAAAUAGAUCUUUGGAAGCUUUGGAAACUUUCAGUUUCUAAGCUGAAGUCGGAGCAGUACCUUUGGAUGGUUAGUUUUCAACCUCGAAAAAUAGUUUCCUUCACCAAACGUUUGUAAUCGUGAACUCAAAUGACCUUUCAUCUUGAUGUCAAGGAACUUAUUUACCGAAAAUAAAUAUUUUCAAAAUUUGAAAAAAUUAAAACCUACAUAAAUCAAAAA